GACGGAAGUACUUAGUGAACAGCAACAGUUAGCCGUGUGGUCUAUGUUGACGUGAUUAAAGGACUCUUUAAGGAAAAUGUCAGAGCAAACGAUAACAGUGACAGUUGCAUACGGAUCUACUAAGAACAGCAUCACAUUAACGGGUCAUGAUGAUGUUAAGGGUCCGACUGUCAAAGACUUGUCAGAUGCUCUCACUCAAGCCACUGGAGUCCCAGCAGCCUCACAGAAACUCAUCUUCAAAGGAAAAUCACUGAAGGACAUGGAGGAGAGUCUGUCCAGCUAUGGAAUAAAAGAGGGAUCAAAACUCAUGAUGAUUGGAAAGCGGAACAGUCCCGAGGAAGAAGCUGAACUGAAGAAGCUGAAAGACAUUGAGAAAUCUGUGGAGCAGAUGGCUAAAAAGCUGGAAAAGGUGGAUGGAGAGUUGACUGGACUCAAGAACGGCUUCCUGGCCAAAGACCUCCAGGCAGAGGCGCUGGGUAAACUAGAUCACAGAGUGAAAAUAGCAGCAGAGCAGUUCAUGAAGAUUCUGGAGCAGAUAGAUGCUAUGAGUAUCCCAGAAAAUUUUAAUGAUUGUAGAAUGAAGAAAAAGGGACUUGUAAAGACAGUGCAGGAUUUCCUAGCUCAGUGCGACAAGAUCGAAGCCUGUAUAUCAGACCACCUAUCAAAGAUCCAGUCGAAAAACCUUGCCCUGGCAGAGUAGGGCUGCAAAGACAAAGUCUCCCAUAUCAUGUGCUAUACAUUGCUCUGUGAGCAACUCCAAAGUGUACAGAAAGCUCCAGGUGUGGAGCAGAUCCUUGUCUAUUUAUUGUUGGUGUGAAGUGUAUGAGAAAUCCCUCAUCACAGAGAAUCCUGUGAACAGAAGGAGGCUGGUCGAUGACACUGAUGCUUGGUGCACCACAUACAUUCUCGGGUCAAAGGCAGAUGUGAGGUGUUUUCUGAGAUAUUUUAACCACAGGCGUCAGGGGUGCUUUGAAUCGUGGAAAAUUAUGUAGAUCCCUUUAAAGCAUCCAAAACUGGUGAUCAACAGAACUACCACUGCCAAAUAUCUGUGAAAUUAUCCAUGAGGAUGAAAAAUUCAUCAGUUCAUCACCCAGUAAAUGACAAAGAAUACAAUAACACAGAAAACACGGUUUUUGUUUUUUUUUCCUCAUUGUGAUGUACCAACUGCUGAGUGUUGCAUAUGGGAAUUUGUACACACAUGACCAAAAGUAGAUGGACACAUGAACAUUAUAAAAUGAUAAUCUUUGAUUUGCUAUGCUAACAGCCUCCGCUAUUUUUAGGAGCACUUUCCAUAGGACUUUGGAAUGAGGCUGCAGAGAUUUGGUUCCAUUCAGCCACAAAAGCAUUAAGUCAGGCACCGUCGCUGUGUUGGAUGAUAAAGCCAGACUCACUGUCAAGUGUUCCAGUUCAUACCAAAGGUGUUGGGGGGGGGUCAGGGCUAUGUGCAGCCUGGUCAAGUUCUUCCACAUUAAAAAAUUUUUAUGGAUCUCAAUAUGUGCACAAUAGUACUGUCAUUUGCCUUUCCCGUUAAGUUAGAAGCACACUAUUGUCUAAAAUAUUAUUGUAUAUUAAUUGGAAAUAAAACUAGAGCUGGAAACAAACACAAAUGUGAAAUAUUUUCUAAUUCCAUUUUCUCAUUUGUGAGGAUUUGUUGCAUUUCUUUGUCUCGUGAUAAGAUGAAUAUCUCUGGGUUUUGGACUGUUGGUUACAACAGAAAAUUUUAUGACAUUAAGAAUGUGGACUUUUUCUUUUCAAUUUUACAGACUAAAGCACUAAUGAAGGAAAAAAAAAGGAAAAAAAGUUUAGGUGAGCUGCAGCCAAAGACCAAAACUACACAACACUGUCCACAUACUUUUGGUCAUAUAGUGUAUGUAUUUAUUAUUCAAUCUACAUUAAUAGUCAGCACCAAACCAGCACAUUUUAUUUAAUCCAGUGAGUGAUCCCGUGUGUGUCUUUGAAAUGUGUGUGAACUGUGGAAUUGUACUUGCUUUAAACCAUCACUAAGGAGGAAACCACCUAUUUUCCUUUGUUUUAAAAAUAAAGACUUUUUGAAAUAUGAA